AUGAACACAACCGAGGCCACCAGCAAAGACUAUUACUAUGACUAUUAUGGCGACAUGAAGAGCCCCUGUAGCACUGGCACCAGUCUAACCCGAGGGACCAACUACCAGCCCAUUCUCUUCUACCUGGUGUUCACCCUGGGUCUGACAGGCAACAGUAUGGUGCUCUGGGUCCUCCUCAAGUACAUGAAACUGAAGACCAUGACAGACAUCUGUCUGCUGAACCUAGCCCUAUCUGACCUGCUCCUCGCCCUCUCUCUGCCUCUCUGGGCCUACAACGCCCAGGGUCAUGAGUUUGAAGGGGACAGUCCGUGUAAGAUCAUGGCUGGUGUCUACCAGGUGGGCUUCUACAGCAGCAUCCUGUUUGUGACCCUGAUGAGUGUGGAUCGCUACCUGGCCAUUGUUCACGCCGUGGCCGCCAUGAGGGCCAGGACGCUGCGUUAUGGAGCGCUGGCGUGCGUCAUCGUCUGGGUAGCGUCCAUUGCCGCUGCUCUCCCUGAGGUCAUCUUCGCAGCGAUGGUGAAGGAGAAUGACGAGGAGAGUGGUUCAAGUUGCCAGCGGAUUUACCCAGAAGACACAGAGAAGACAUGGAAGUUGUUCCGGAACUUUGGUGAAAACGGAGUGGGACUCAUCCUAUGUCUGCCCAUAAUGGUAUUUUGUUACAUCAGUAUUCUCACUGUACUACAGAGGUUAAGGAACUCCAAAAAAGACAGGGCCAUGAAACUGAUAUUCGCCAUCGUGGUUGUGUUUAUAGUCUCCUGGGUCCCUUACAAUGUUGUGGUUUUCCUCCGGACCCUUCAGAUGUUUGACAUUGGGAAUAGCUGUGAGGUUUCAACACAGGUUGAUACAGCUAUGGAGGUGACAGAGACCAUAGCGCUGGCUCACUGCUGUGUCAACCCAGUCAUCUACGCUUUUGUAGGAGAGAAAUUCAGAAAGUGUUUGGGCACUGUGCUCUCUAGAUAUCCAUUGUGUAAAAAGCUCAGCAAACAUGCAAUGGGGAGCAGCAGAGCUUCAGAAAACGAGACUUCUAACACACCUGUGUGAUUCUACUGCUGAAAGACGAUACUUCCACUGCUGAAAACCUGUUUGAUGCAUUUUCACUGACAAAAACACUUCAGUUGGAAAGCAGCAGGUCGAGCAGAAGACCAAUUUCUGUGUCGUUUGGAAUAAUGAAGUAUUCGUCUUCGU